CGCGAGGGAAGCAACGGGAAGCAAGGGAGGAGUAAAGUAGCGCGGCGCGGCGGAGCGGAGGAAGCGAGAGCGGCGAGGGAACGCGUUGUUGCUUGCGGGAUUCGGUUCUUCGCUCGGGCUGUUAUCUCCGUCGACCGAGUUGAUCGGGGAGAGGGGGCAUGGGGGCGCGGGAGCCGGUGGCGAUAGAGAUACCGGCGGAGGAGGGGUCGGCGGCGAGGGCGCCGCCGCGGCGGAUCAGGAGGAGGCUGCUGGAGGGGGGACGCGGCGGCGGGGCACCGGCGAGCGUGGAGGAGAUCGAGGCCAGGCUCAGGGAGGCCGAGCUCCGGAGGCAGCAAUUCCAUGAAUGGUUGGCCUGCAAAGCAAGGAAGAAGCCAAGAAGCCCGUCGUGGUCCUCUCAAGAGGAAGAUCAUGCACAGCGCCUCGAAGCAAAGCUUCUGGCAGCUGAGCAGAAAAGGCUGAGCCUCUUAUCGAAGGCACAGAAUCGGUUGGCCAAGUUGGAUGAACUCCGACAAGCUGCUAAGAAUGACGUGGAAAUGCGGUUUGAGAAAGAAAGGGAAGAACUUGAGAGUAGAGUUGAGUCUCGUGUCCGGCAGGCAGAGGUGAAUCGCAUGCGCCUUCUGCGUGCCCAUAUGCAGAAGUGGGCUGCACUAAAGGAGAGAACAGCAAGGUCCCUGGUACAGAAGGUGACAUCAGAGAGCAAUUACAUGGAGCAGGUGCGGUCUGCAAUUUUGCAAAAGCGCUCUGCUGCUGAGAAGAAACGGCUGAAGUUUCUGGAAGCUGAAAAGAUAAAGGCCCAAGCUAGGAUUUUGCAUAUUCGAAAAACUGCCAUGACUGUAUGCAGUCAGAGAGAAACAGAGAGGAGAAAAUUGAAAGAACAGUUGGAAAACAAACUUCAGAGGGCGAAGAGGCAGAGAGCUGAGUAUUUGAAGCAGCGAGGAAGUCUUCGCAAUUCUACCCGUGCUGAUUACAUCAAGCAUGCAGAUUUUCUUUCAAUAAAGCUGGCAAGAUGCUGGAGGAGAUUUGUGAAGUCUAAGAAGACAACACUCGCAUUGGUUCAAACUUAUGAUGCCUUGGGAAUUAAUGAGAAGUCUGUCAAGUCUAUGCCGUUUGAAAACUUAGCUAUGUCAAUGGAAUCACCUACAGUUCUUCAGGCCACGAAGGCACUGCUUGACCGGUUGGAGAGACGUUUUGUGCUUUCCCAGUCAGUAGGUUUUUCAUCAGUGGAAAAUGUUGACCACCUACUGAAACGCCUUGGAUCUCCCCCAAAGAGGAAGGUACCUCCUAGCAGAGAGGGAAGAACAAGGGUAUUAGCAAAAAGAUCGGCAAGAAGUUCUGACACAAGCAGAUUAUCUAGAUACUCACCGAGGGUGGUACUCUGUGCUUACAUGAUAUUGGCUCAUCCAAGUGCUGUGUUAAGUGGACAAGGUGAGCGGGAAAAGCAACUUAUGGAGUCAGCAGCAAGCUUUGUCAAGGAGUUCGAGCUGUUGAUUAAGAUAAUAAUUGAUGGACCGGGGCAGUCAUCCAUAGGUACUGCUGCUGCUGAAUCAUCUAAAUGCCAGAUGUCUUCUGGUGUUACUGGUCAUAGCAAAUUCAGGGCUCAGUUGGCUAAUUUCGACAAGGCAUGGUGCACAUAUCUUUACCGCUUUGUGGUGUGGAAAGUAAAAGAUGCAAGAUUAUUGGAGGAAGAUCUUGUCAGGGCUGCAUGCAAGCUUGAGCUGUCAAUGAUGCAAACACUCAAACUAACUGUGGACGGGCAGUCGUCAAAUAAUCUUACUCAUGAUAUGAAGGCAAUUCAGAAACAGGUUACUGAUGACCAAAACCUCCUACGAGAGAAGGUUCAGCACCUGAGUGGUGAUGCUGGCAUUGAGCGAAUGAACUCUGCUCUUUCAGAUACGAGGUCAAAGUUCUUUGGAGCAAAAGAGAAUGGAAGUCCAUUAGCAACGCCUGUUGCAAACGUAUAUACCCCUUUGGGCAUCAGUUCAUCUGGGAAGCUCCCACUUUCUGAGGUUAAUGAGAACGGAAGUUCUGUUGUUCGAUCUUUGUUUGGUGCUUCCUCGUCAUUGGGCAGCACAGCACCCGGGAAGCUGCCGACAGAGAAUGAGCAAAUGGUCAAUGAGAUGAUUCAUGAGGAUGACAGUGCCUUUGCUGGCAGGUCUGAUAGUGCCAGAACUGCUGAGAAGGAUUUCCAAGCAAAAGUGAGAGAAACCAUGGAAAAAGCUUUCUGGGAUGUGGUGACCGAUUCCAUGAGAGGAAACAAACCUGAUUACAGUCAAUUGAUAAACCUAGUACAGGAAGUGAAGGAUUCAUUACAUGAGUUGGCUCCCAAGGCAUGGAAGGAGGAAAUUCUUGAGAAUAUUGACCUCAAAAUUCUGUCUCAGGUACUUGAGUCAGGCUCCCAGGACGCACAAUAUUUGGGGCAGAUUUUGCAGUACUCCUUGGAUAUGGUCCGCAAACUAUCUACUCCUGCAAAGGAGGAUGAGAUGAAGAAAAACCAUGACAAACUGUUGAGUGAGUUGGCUGCAAGUUCUGAAGUUAAUGACAAUGGCAUCAACUCAUUCAUCAUUGCUGUCAUCAAGGGCCUGCGUUUUAUUCUGGAAGAAAUACAGGAGCUGCAAGCAGAAGUGAGUAAGGUGCGCAUCCAGUUGAUGCAGCCGAUCAUAAAAGGCUCUGCUGGAGUGGAGUACCUGCAGAAAGCUUUCGCUGAUCGCUAUGGGCUUCCUGCCAAUGCAUCAGCUUCUCUCCUUCUAAUUCUGCAAUGGAUUUCAACAUCGAAGAACAUUGCGGAAGAAGAAUGGAGUCAACAUUUGGACUCUAUUUCAAUUUUGCCAUCAGCAGAGCAUGCUCCUGCCCUUGUUACAGUACUCCAAGCUGGUCACGGAGCUCCAGGGGGGCAGCCAUCUUCUCCAUCUGCAGCAGACAGUUCUGGUCAACCAGAGUGCAAGGGUGACAAGCUUGACAAGCUGAUAAGGAUUGGCCUGUUGCAACUUAUUAGUGGCAUGGAGGGCUUGCAAAUGCAGUCGACUCCUGAGAGCUUCCAGGUUAAUUUUCUCAGGUUGAGGGCCGUGCAGGGUCAAUUUCAACAAGUCAUUGUGACCGCCACAAGCAUGCUUGUUUUGCGUCAAGUUUUGAUGAGCGAGAACUUGAAGACCACACCUUUAGAACUGGAAAAUGCAAUUUCAAAACUGUUCGAGACUCUUGUGAAGCUGCUGCACAACUCCCCUGAUGCUGGCACCGAAGAGAUCGUGGAGACGAUGAUGAGCUCAUCAGCCUCAGUUGGCUCACCGUCAGACGAGAAGAUCCAGACCAGGAGGCAGAUAAUUACCCGGGUGUUUCUCAAGAGCCUCCAGCCUGACGACGUGGUCUUUAAGAAGGUUUCCCGGUCUGUCUACUGCGCCUUCCGCGGCGUCGUCCUGGGUGGCAGCGGCCCCAAGGGCCAGAAGCUGGUCAACGCAGCAUUGCGCCGCAUCGGCGCAGCGAAGCUCAUCGACAUAGUGGUGAAAGCCUCUGAGGUGUUGAUCAAGGUGGCAACAAUAUCAGCGAAGGUCCAUGGCCCUUGGUACAAAGCUCUUAUGUGAAUGUGAAUAGUUUGGUCCUUUUGUGAAUAUAUAUAUAUAUAGACGGUCAAGUGUAAAUUCUUGCCCUACUGGGUGAAGUGGGGAAUAUGUCGAUGUACAUCAAUUUACAGGUGUUGAUCACUAGGCAGUUCAGACGUGAAGAAUUAUUGGUGCAGGGCGAAUAUGGAUGUCCCUGCACCAGAAUUUAGUCAGGGUUCAUACUGUGAUGCUAAAAUAUGCAUCUGGGGAUGUUGAAUUAGGACAAUCAUUGUUAAUAUAACUGAAUAAUGUGAAUAAUUUAUUGAUAGUUAUUUAUGCUGUGUA